UUACAAUCCAACAAAUAUCAUCAACUUUUAAUUAUUAAAUUCAUAAAAUGAAGAAUAAAUUAAUUUUUUUAUUAAUUAAAUCCAUUAAAAUUAUGUCAUUUUACUUGGAAUGCAUAAGUCGAUCAUACCGGUCAUACCGGUGGUGUCGUACCGGUUUCAUUACCGACUCAAAUUGAACCAGGUUCAACCGAGUGACAUGCCGCCGACAUGACAACCAUGCUAAUUAGGCUUCCUGAGCUGUUCUGACCCGCUACACUUUUCUCUCUCUAGAUGGGAAUGGGCGAGGGGAUUGCAGAUACGCCCAAAGAUAAGAAAAGCAGAUAAGGCUCCCUCCCUGUACUAAAACCUUCCUUCUCUAGUUCACGCUCCUCACACUGUUGUCUUCCUCUUCCUCCAUGGUUCUUUCCUGCACCUGACACCCACAACGCAACUCUUAUCUCCCAGAAGAAGAUGUUGAGUGCAUUAUCCCUUGCUGCUGCUGCUUCUUUUACUCCCAACAAGCCCAUCACCCCGAUUCAUCAUCCCCGCAACUCCAUCUUCCAUUCCUCCCCCAAACUAUCUCUACCCUCUCUUCCACCGCAUCUUCGAUUUCCCACCACCACUUCCGUCAAGUCCCCCGUCGUCUCUGCCGUCGCCGUCGACUCCAGCCAACAGCAGCCCACUUCCUCCUCUUCCGACGGCAAGGGGACUAGCGAAGAGGCAGGGAGUGGGAGGAAGAGGUACUAUUUCGUGGUGGCGAAUGCGAAGUUCAUGCUGGACGAGGAAGAGCACUUCCAGGAGCAGUUGUUCGAGCGCCGCCGCUACUACGGCGAGCGUGAAAAGGAGCUUGAUUUUUGGCUUGUGAUUGAGCCCGCCUUCUUGGACAAAUUCCCUGACAUCACCAAGCGUUUGAAGAGACCUGCUGUUGCCUUGGUCUCUACCAAUGGACCCUGGAUCACGUUCAUGAAGCUGAGACUAGACAGGGUUCUGGCAGAUAGCUAUGAAGCUGACUCACUAGAGGAAGCAUUGGCCUCAAAUCCCACUACACUGGAGUUUGACAAACCUGAUAACUGGUCAGCACCAUAUCCCAAGUAUGAAUAUGGCUGGUGGGAGGCUUUCUUGCCUGCACUAUCAACAGAGUCCAAAGUAUAGAGCCACUUUCUUAGAGUCAAGUUAUGUUUUUUUUUUUUUUUGGCGCCCAGCUAGCGAGAAGAGUUGUCUUUACGAGUUUGUUGGUAAGUAGGAAUUGCAAAGCUUCAUCUCAGAUUGGAACUGAUAUAUACUCUUCUAGCAUUUAUAUUAGUGAGUAGAGGUGAGCUUUAGAUGUACGUAUUCUUCCAAAUCGAAAACUGCGCGCAAGUGAUUUUCAUGGGUGGUGAAUGGGACAGAAGAAUUCAGAACCAAGUUGUGUUCUUAAGUCUGCUCUUGAGGUUGGGUCUCACUUAGAAAAGGACACACAUGCAGGUGGUAUAAGUUAUAACUACAAAUAUACUGUUUUAAGGUGU